CGCAGCCUGCGCAGAGUAGUGCCGGUGACCGACACUAGAGGCUUCUCCUGCCGCCCGGUCCCUGCCUUGUUUUGGUUAGCUGGAUGUUAGCCCAUGCUUUCUGCCGUAGCCGGUUGUAACGGUGAUGGCUCUCCCAUGAGGCGGGGGAGCGGGACUGUGUUUUGUGACUAAACGCCGAGUGAAGUGCCGUGGCCAUGGCCGGGGUUUUCGACAUCGAUUUGGAUCAACCGGAUGAGAAUGUCUCUGACGACGAACUUGAGGACGGGGGCCAGCUCAGUGAAUACAUGGACCAGUGCAGUGGCUUUGAAUUUAACAUGGAUGACUGUGAGAAGUUUGAAAUUUCAGAGAACAGCGUGAACAAGGGAACAGAGCAGAUCAGGCCUGAAUGCUUUGAGCUGCUGAAAGUUUUGGGAAAAGGUGGCUAUGGAAAGGUGUUUCAAGUUCGGAAGGUAGCAGGUGCUGCAUCUGGGAAGAUAUUUGCUAUGAAAGUUUUGAAGAAGGCCAUGAUUGUGCGCAAUGCGAAGGACACAGCGCACACCAAAGCAGAGAGGAACAUUCUGGAGGAGGUGAAGCAUCCUUUCAUUGUGGACCUCAUCUAUGCCUUCCAGACGGGGGGAAAGUUGUACCUUAUCCUGGAGUAUCUGAGCGGAGGGGAGCUGUUCAUGCAGCUUGAAAGAGAGGGCAUCUUCAUGGAAGACACAGCAUGUUUCUACCUGGCUGAGAUCUCAAUGGCGCUGGGUCACCUACACCAGAAAGGCAUCAUCUACAGAGACCUGAAGCCUGAGAACAUCAUGCUCAACAACAACGGACACGUGAAGUUGACAGACUUUGGUCUAUGCAAAGAGUCCAUCCAUGACGGGACAGUCACCCACACCUUCUGUGGCACUAUCGAAUACAUGGCUCCAGAGAUCCUAAUGAGGAGUGGACAUAACAGAGCAGUGGACUGGUGGAGCUUGGGAGCUCUCAUGUAUGACAUGCUGACAGGAGCACCUCCAUUCACUGGUGAAAACCGAAAGAAGACAAUUGACAAAAUCUUGAAAUGCAAACUCAGCCUUCCACCUUACCUCACACAAGAAGCCAGGGACCUCCUGAAAAAGCUGCUGAAACGAAAUGCCUCGUUGCGACUUGGGGCUGGACCAGGAGAUGCAUCUGAGGUCCAGGCCCACCCUUUCUUCCGGCAUAUAAAUUGGGACGACCUUCUUGCUCGCAAAGUAGAGCCUCCAUUUAAACCAUACCUGCAAUCGGCUGAUGACGUCAGCCAGUUUGACUCCAAGUUCACCAGCCAGACUCCAGUGGACAGCCCCGAUGACUCCACGCUCAGCGAGAGUGCCAAUCAAGUCUUCCUGGGUUUCACAUAUGUAGCCCCAUCUGUGCUUGAGAACGUCAAAGAGAAGUUCUCUUUCGAGCCAAAGGUGCGCUCACCACGGAAGUUCCCUGGAAGCCCGAGAACACCUGUGAGUCCGGUGAAGUUUGUAGGAGGGGACUGCUGGCCCCGGGGACCCACGCUGACAGGCAACCCUGUGGAGCAACCCAUGGAGGUGUCGACAGUGGAGCAAAUGGACACGAGCAGCAGCGGCACCACAGAGGCCUCUGCGCCACUUCCCAUCAGGCACCCUUCAGGCAUCAACGCAGGGCCCUACAAAAAGCAGGCUUACCCCAUGAACUCCAAGCGGCCCGAACAUCUACGAAUGAACCUAUGACGCUCGGCUUGCCCGCGAACAUUUAGGACUCUUCCAAUUCCUCAUCCUCUUCCCUUUAGUUGUUUUCUUUUUAAGAGACUUGUAGAUUUUUUUUAAGGAUUAACUGACACUGUCAGUGCUGAUCACCAGCUCUUCCAGCAGCGCCUUCCCAUCCCUCUUGACUCGGCCUGGCCUCCUCAAUCUGGUGCAGAUUAUCAGCAGGUGAAUUUCAGUAGACAUGUGGUCAGUCAGAGGAGUUGUGUGAGAGAGGUGCUUUUCGGUGAAAGUUGGCUGGGUGAUGCGUUCUGAUGAGUGGGCUGAGGUGGUUUCGGUGUACUCAACUGGCAUUAUCAUAUGAUUUAAUGGUGCUCUUUUAUCCACAAGUCUGGACAGUGUUACUGUUAGUGUUAACAACACAGUCAUCACAGUGAGAGAAUUUAAUUACAUUGAGUAACAUUUAUUUCUCCCUCAGUAUCCCAGGCUUUUUUUGUUUCAUCUUGUGAUAAGAACA